AUCACGGUGCUGGGGACGCCUGCGGAAGAACAAGGAGGAGGUAAAAUAGACCUGAUAAACGCUGGAGCGUUUGACGGCCUGGAUGUGGUUUUUAUGGCACACCCCUCGCAAGAAAACGCAGCUUACCUGCCAGAUGUGGCCGAGCACGAUGUGACUGUGAAAUACUAUGGAAAAGCUUCUCAUGCUGCUGCUUAUCCUUGGGAAGGAGUUAAUGCAUUAGAUGCUGCUGUUCUUGCAUACAACAAUCUGUCUGUUUUAAGACAGCAAAUGAAACCGACCUGGAGAGUUCAUGGUGUAAUAAAAAAUGGUGGUGUGAAACCUAACAUCAUUCCUUCUUACACUGAAUUAGAGUUUUACUUGCGUGCCCCUUCAAUGAAAGAUCUUUCUGUUCUGACAGAGAAGGUUGAGAACUGCUUCAAAUCUGCAGCACUGGCCACAGGAUGCAAAGUGGAAAUAAAAGGAGGUGAAAAUGAUUACUACAAUGUGCUUCCAAAUAAGAGCCUGCAGAAAGUUUACAAGGAAAAUGGAAAGAAGCUUGGAAUAGAUUUUAUAUCGGAAGACUGUAUCUUGAAUGGUUUGUCAGGUUCCACAGACUUUGGAAAUGUUACAUUUGUAGUCCCUGGGCUUCAUCCCUAUUUUUAUAUUGGCUCUGAUGCAUUGAAUCAUACUGAGCAGUACACAGAAGCUGCAGGGUCACAGAAUGCUCAGUUCUACACUUUGCGCACAGCAAAAGCUUUGGCAAUGACAGCACUGGAUGUCAUUUUCAAGCCAAGUCUACUAGAAGAAGUCAGGGAAGACUUUAGACAGGUGAAGCUAAAAGAAGAGGGACAAAUAAAUCCAGUAGAACCUAACACAGAAUCUGGCGUUGGCAUAGGAGCGUGUGCAUCACACUAA